AUGAACUUGAACCCCAGAGUCAACAACAUUUUCUCCGAGUGGGACGAGCGACGACAUGAAGAGCUUAUCAGUUGGCUUCACUUCGGGCAGUAUUCAGGCAAGGAGGUCGAGACACUGGAGUCCGGUAUCGACGAGAACCUGCAGAGGCUGCUGGCCUUGAUCAAGCAAGAGUACAACGGCAAGCCGCUUGACAUGGCCCUCUUGGCAUUCUAUUUCACUCUGGAUGUGCAGAGCCAGAUUGCAUUUGGCGAGGCUUUCGGCUUUGUCCACGCCAACGAGGAUCUCUACGACUUCAAUAAGCUGGCUAACGAUAAGUUCAGCAUCAUCGAGUUGAUCGUCAACCACGACUUCCCCCGAAGUUUGAUCCAGAGCCAACUGAUGCAAAAGCUCAUGGCACCCAAGGGGACAGAUAAGUUCGGCCAGGGCCGUAUCAUUGGGAUCGCGCAAAAGGCCGUUGCCGAACGAUAUCGGCCUGACGCCAAGGUCAAACGAGAUAUGCUUGACCACUUCAUUGCCAAAAGACUCAGUCAGACGCAAAGCGAGGCGGAGUUGCAACUUCAGCUCAUUGCUGGAUCCGACUCGACAGCCUCAGCGCUGCGGAUAACCAUGAUGUUGUUGGUCGGCAAUCCCGUGGCGUACGGUAGGCUCGUUGCAGAUGUGGACAAGGCGAUCGCGGAUGGCAAAAUCUCUUACCCGACCCUCAGGUACAGUGAGGCUCUGGAAAUUGAAUUUUUGACCGCCUGCAUCUGGGAGGGUGUCAGGCUGUAUCCACCUCUGUUUGUGCUGCAAACCAAACUCGCACCACCGGAGGGAGAGACUGUCAAUGGAGUCUUCUACCCUCCUGGGACACAAGUCGCGUUCUGCUGCGAUGGGCUCGGUCGGCGCAAGGACAUCUUCGGAGAAGACGCGGACCAAUACCGGCCUGACCGAUGGUUACAUCCCGAUCUUAGAGUUCUAGUGGAGUACUUGAGGACGACGGACUUGAUGUUCGGUAGUGGAAGAUUUGGGUGCUUGGGGAAGAACAUCACGAUGAUGGAGGUACACAAAGCAUUUGUUGAGCUGCUGCGAAACCUCGACUGGGCUCUUGCCGACCCAAUCAAGGGUGCCAUCUCCAUCGCUCAUGGCAUCUGGGUUCAGGAGAAGAUGAUGCUCGUAGCCUGGCCAAAACGAAUUUGA